CUAGAUUACUAAUGCAGUUGUUUCCUGACGCCGUGAAGAUCAUGCCUACCCUGCGACGCUUCGACCAGUCGUCGUCAAUUCGCGUCGCGUCGCGUCAAGACAUAUCACCAUCAUUGUUGUCCUUCCCCCGACGAAUACAACAUACCUCGAAGCUCUACAAUGCCUUCACCAGAUGUUCAUACCGCCAAUAUAAGCCGUCGCAGAAGUCCAAUUAGCCCGAUCAAUCCCUCUAGUAGAACACAAUCGCGGCCUUCAUCGAGCAACUCAGACCAGUUAUCAGACAAUUCAACGGCCUGCCUCGAAAUAUGUCAAUAUGGCACGGAAGGUGUGGGUGGCGUGCCUGCAGGAUGGCUCGACCAUCAUUUUCCUCCCUGCCUGGACUUCACGAUUCAAUCGGCAAAGAUAUUCCAGGUGUUCAGUGGCGAAAAUCAGACAUAUACCUCCGGAACGAUUAUCGCACGUCCCUGUAUAGACCAAGCAAACAGUUCCAACACGUUGACACACUGACACCAGACCCGGCCAUGACCAUACGGGAAAGGCAGCACACCGGUCAACAGAGUCGAGACGAGUGUAUAACGCGAGCCGUAACGAGAAUGACGAUCCUCCCGACUGCCUUAGGAUUGGCUCGCCAGCUGGUAAAAACAGACCGUCACCUCGCCUCGGCACUUGCGUUAGCCCGCGAAAGGGACCUUGCCUGGGCCGAACAAAGACGUCAAACGCAAAAAGGCAGUGCGACUUUUUCACAGCCAGUCACAAGCCCUGUCCAGGUCUCAUUGCUUCCGAACGUGUCUGCUCCGGGCGAGGAGCAGUGCGAGCAGCACGACUUGUCCGAUGCCAGCUCGAGGUCCAACGCAGUCGAAACAAUCCCAAACCCACCAAUCCUGGGUGAUCCAGCUCCGUCGGUUGAUGCCCUUUUUGCUAGGGUUAACAGUUUUGCGAAAACCCGUAGCUUCGGUGUUAUCAAGGCUCAUGGUAUGAUUCGACCUGGACAGCGAAGUCGAUAUGUCCUCCAAUGCCAUCGGUACGGGCUCCGCGGCCGGGAAGGGGUGCUGGCCUUCGGAAACGAAAGUCUCGAAAGUCGGGGUGCCUAUGGAAGAUUAUUGCCGAGGCCCUGCCAGAGAACGGUUUUCAGUGGACUCUGCGACACUUCCCAGAUGCGGAACACCGCCACCACAAUCAUAACCCCAGUACCGAUGCCGCCGCUCACCCAGUUCAUCGACGACUUACUAGCCCUGUGAAGGCGACCAUCCAGUCUUCCAGUCGACGGGUUGGCAUUCGUGCACGAGACAUUGGUGGCAUAGUCCGAGAUCACUUUCCAGAUUCGGUUUACACCAAGAGAGAUAUCUACAAUGCCAGAGCUCGGAUUAGCAGAGAGAAUGUGGGUGGCUACAGCUCUACGGCUGCAUUGAUCAAGUUGUUCGACGACAAGGAGACCCCUUACGUUGCCGAGUGGGCUAAGGACGAACCCGACCGCCUGGUGGGGUUGGUUUGGACGUUCUCCUACUGUAUCCAGAUGUGGAGGCGUUUCCCCAAGGUCAUCAGCACAAAGAUCUCCAGCUACAAUGUGUGACGAGACGUAGAUGGUAUUCAACAUGCGAUUCAAAACGUGCUGUAAUUAUGCAACAGGUUGUCUAUGUAUAUCCAGAUUCACUCUUUGAAGUUAAUCGAAGUUGGCGUUUUAGAAAUCCUUGAGAUUCUGAUCUCCU